GAUUUUUCUUCUCUCCCAAAAGAAGACUCUCAUAUCUCACAAGAAGGAUCUCACCUCAAUAUAGUCUCUAAUCUCUCUAUAUUCAAUUGGACAAAAGGAUGAAACACAAUUGAAUAAGAAUUGGAAAUUGAGAAUCCUUUCAAUUAACUAUUUGUACUGGAUAUAUCGGCCGUCUCCCUAAGCUUAGGGUUUGGUAUCUGCGCAAUUUUGUGAUUCUAGUCUUCGGCAAAAGGGAUUUGCUUAGGCAAAUUCCCUUCAUUUAGUUUUUUGCUUUUGUUAUUUUAGACCCUUUCUGAAUACUUUAAUUCUAAUAUAAGUCCCUUCAUUCAAAAAAAAAAAACUAUUCGUACUGAGUCAAAGGCAAGCCCCCGUCAGGCAAAUGUCGUCGCACACUUCCUGGCUCUGACAUGUCUCAACGUUCCACGGCUCACAAAGUACGAACUCCAUAAUCUUCCUAAUAGAGUGAGAACAGCUUUCAUCGAGGACAAGCAUGGUAGAUACUACUUCAGGGACGCGGGCUGAGCUUCACAUAGAAGGGAGAAAGAAAACAGUCCGGCUCCAUGGCUGAUGACGGCUCUCUCUCUCUCUCUGUCAAAGAACACUCUGGUAGGGCGACAUUCCUUAGACGUUUCUGUUGGGUGCAGGUUUUUAUUCGAAAUGCUUGGACGCUUGCGGUUGAUGCCUUUAUUGUACUCUUUUUGGUGUUUUGUUGUAAUCUUCACCUGAAUUAGAUUUUAAUAAAAAUGGUAAAUGUUCCCAAAAAAAACUAUUCGUACUGAGAUUGAGGAUGGGUAGCAUCCUUCUUUUAAAAUUGGAAUUCUUCUGUGGUCUCCGUCUACGAUAUACAUGAGAUACGUAGCAUAAUCUAACCACACGUAGGAUAUAAAAAUGGCCACUUUUUUGUCUCUCUACACUCCCUCUUCAUCUUCUUUUCUCGCACUCUCAAAAGACUCAUCUUUCAUGAAAACAAAGCCGUGUCUCCAUUACAAUCACAGGCCACUCUUUCUAGCUUCAGCGCACCCUACCGAAGCUGACCAAGAACUACCAGAGCCUAUCAGAACUCUUUGGCAAUGGGGAUGUGAUGAAGGAGUGAUAUCAAAGAAGACACCAGUGGGGCCAGGAGUUGUCCCAGAAGGACUAGGGCUUGUCGCCACUAAAGACAUUGGUAGAAAUGAAGUCGUUUUGGAAGUUCCCAGAAGGUUCUGGAUCACUCCAGAAACAGUUGCAGAUUCAGAGAUUGGGAGUGUGUGUUCUGGGAUGAAUCCCUGGGUUGCUGUGGCUCUGUUCUUGCUUAGAGAGAAGCACAGGGAUGAUUCCAAGUGGAAAUCUUAUCUUGAUGUCCUCCCAGAUUGCACCAAUUCUACUGUUUUUUGUGCAGGUCAGAAGAGGAGCUUGCUGAGCUUCAAGGGACCCAGCUAUUAAGCACAACUAUAGGUGUCAUAGAAUAUGUGCAAACUGAAUUCCAGAGAGCUGAAGAGGUCAUACUUCGAAACAAACAGCUUUUCCCUUUCACUAUCACAUUGGAUGACUUCGUUUGGGCAUUUGGAAUCCUCAGGUCAAGGGCGUUUUCCCAUCUUCAAAAUCAAAAUCUUAUUUUGAUGCCAUUUGCUGACUUGAUCAACCACAGUGGUAGAGUUACAUCAGAAGACCCUGCCUAUGAAGUUCGACGAACGGCGGGCUUUUUCUCCAGGGAUUACUUAUUCUCUUUGCGAAGCCCCUUAGCAGUGAAGAAAGGUGAGCAGGUUUUCAUCCAAUAUGAUGUGAACAAGAGCAAUGCUGAUUUGGCUCUGGAUUAUGGUUUCACUGAUUCAAGUCCACAUCGUGAUGCAUUUACGUUAACGCUGGAGAUCUCCGAGUCUGAUGAGUUUUAUGGGGACAAGUUGGACAUUGCAGAAUCAGUUGGUUUAGGAGAAACGGCUUACUUUGAUAUAAAGUUAGGCAAACCUCUCCCCCCUCAAAUGCUUCCCUAUUUGAGACUAGUUGCACUUGUUGGUCCUGAUGCUUUCCUCCUUGAAUCAAUAUUCCGGAAUGCUGUGUGGGGCCACCUGGAACUACCCAUUAGCCGUGCAAAUGAGCUGCUCAUAUGUAAAAUUGUUUGUGAUGCUUGCUCGUCUGCACUUUCGGGAUACAGUACCACUCUUGAAGAGGAUGAGAAGAUGAAAAAAGCAGGAAGCAUGAGUCCAAGACUGGAGAUAGCAGUGGGGGUAAGGGGAGGUGAGAAGAAAGUGUUAACGGAGACGAACAAUAUAUUUAGAGAGAGGGAAGAGGAACUGGACGAGUUAGAAUACUACCAAGAGAGGAGGCUCAAAGAUCUUGGUCUGGUUGGUGAGCAAGGUGAAAUUAUCUUUUGGGAGCCGCCUCAAAAAUAGAGGACACCACACCUGCGCGAAUCUCGUCUUAUUUACAGUUUACAAUGAAGUACUCCCACCCUUUCCGAAACAAUUUUCACUUUUCGAAUUUCGACUAGACAUUUCCCGAUUUAAAAACUGCAUUAAGUUGUAGCAAUAGAACACACUUCACAAAUUUGUUUUAGCAGCUACUUCGAAAUGAUAUCAGUAAAGUCUAGACUAUAAAUUAUACGGAAUAAUGGUUAUAGAUUGAUAUCUAUAGUUAUUGAAGUAGAAGUUUUACAGUUACUAUUGUUUGGUAAAGUUAUUAUGUGCUGAAGUGCAAUGUGAUUACAUUAUUUGCC